CACAAGCCAUCUGCUGGACACAAUAUGGCUUCGGCUUCACACACACCAAAAGUUGGAGAUCUGAUUGAGAUUUUUGUCGUUGGUUUUCAACACUGGGCCGUCUACGUGGGAAAUGACUACGUGGUCCAUGUAGUUCCUGCAGGAGUUCGUGUAUCCAGUAUCAUGUGUGUGUUGGCUAAAAAAGCCAUAGUGAAGAAGGAACUGCUCUCUGAGGUGGUUGGGAAAGACGAGUACCGGGUCAAUAACAAGCAUGACAACAAGUACCCACCACUGCCUUCCAACAAGAUUGUCCAGCUGGCCAUGCAGAAGGUGGGCAGGGAGGUGCACUACUCGUUGACCCACAACAACUGUGAGCACUUCGUGAAUAAGCUGCGCUAUGGGAUCUCCCGCAGCGACCAGGAACAUUAG